CACCUGAGAACCCAACAAGGAGGGAGGGAUUUAAACCCUGCAGCAGCACUCUCUCUCUCUCUCUAUCUCUCUCUCUCACACACACACACACACACUCGGGUGAGCAGCAGCUCACACUCAUACAGUGAGGGGAACCUGAGUGGUGCAGUUGUUCAGACGCAGGACGGGGCUGUAUUUCUGCUGGAGUUUCAGGACUUAAACAAAAUUUAUCAGACGGGUUUCUGUCCGUGUGGAGCCGCUGACUGAGCGACGGAGCGAAGGAGGGAUUUUAUCAGGCUGUUCUUUUGCGUUUGGACUUUGAGAUUUGGACGAGGAAACACUGUAAGAGGUCUGAGAUGGGAGGAUGGCUGUUGAGUGUAUCUGCUGUAUUACUCUCUCUGAUUCUGAUUGGCUGUGAUGCUGACGGUGAAAACCACUGUUUGGCGAGUAGAGCAACUAGCUGCUCUGCCUGCCUACAGGCCGGACCAGGAUGUGCCUACUGUCCAGAUGAGGUGUUUCCGUAUGAUCGCUGUGACCUGCUGAGAAACCUAGAGUCCCACGACUGCCAGCAGGUGGUCUAUGUGAAGAGCAAAGUGUCCAUGCAACAGAAUCUAAAGAUCGACACUAGCCGGAAUUCUGCUCAGGUCGCUCCUCAGAGGAUGAUGAUGACCCUGUUGCCGGGAGAGGAGAAGCAGGUUGUGAUGGAGGUGUUUGAGCCGGGCCGCGGACCGCUCGACCUCUACAUCCUCAUGGACUUCUCAAACUCCAUGUCUGAUGAUCUGGACAACCUUAAGAGGAUGGGGGACGAGCUGGCCCAGCUGGUCGGGACGCUCUCAGACGACUACACAAUCGGAUUUGGUAAAUUCGUCGACAAAGUGAUCGAACCACAGACGGACAUGAGGCCGUCAAAACUGGCUCAGCCGUGGCCCAACAGCGAGCCUCCGUUCUCCUUCCAGCACGUCAUCACCCUCACCAGCAACAUCAACACCUUCAGACAGAUCCUGCAGAAAGAGAAGAUAUCUGGCAACCUGGAUGCUCCAGAGGGCGGCUUUGAUGCCAUUUUACAGGCAGCUGUGUGCCAAUCUCAGAUUGGCUGGAGGAAGGACAGCACGCACCUGCUGGUCUUCUCCACUGAGUCGGCCUUCCACUACGAGGCGGACGGUGUGAACGUUUUGGCAGGUGUCCUGAACCGUAAUGACGAGGCGUGUCACCUGAACCCCACGGGUAGUUACACCCACGCCACGCAGCAGGACUACCCAUCUGUGCCCACGCUGGUGCGCAUCCUCAUGAAGCACAACAUCAUCCCCAUCUUCGCCAUCACCAACCACUCACUGUCCUACUACGAGAAAUUGGUUCAUUACUUCCCCAUCGCUGAGCUGGGAGUGCUGACCGACGACUCGUCCAACAUCCUACACAUCAUAAAGACUGCGUUCGAGAGUAUCCGCUCAAAGAUCAGCAUCCAAACAGAGAACAGACCCAAAGCCAUCAACACUCAGAUCUUCUCAGCCGCUGGAGGAGGAGCAGACCUGAAGAUCCAGCCUGGACAAAUAGGUAACGUCACGGUGGUCGUGAGCGCUAAGACCGAGUUCAACGAUAAGCAUGUGUGCAGCCAGCCCGAGAGCGAUCGUAAGGGGGUGCUGAGGGUCAAACCCACCACCUUCAGCUCCGCCUUCGAAAUUGAUACCACUGUGCUCUGCGAAACGUGCGAUUGCGAGAAGAAUCCAAUCGUAAAGGCAGCCCGGUGCAAUGGUAACGGUAACCUGGUGUGUGGAACCUGCAGCUGUUAUGAUAAAUGGAUGGGUCCGUUCUGUAAUUGCUCGUCACAGGUCCAGUCUGAUGCGGGCUGUAUCGGUCCCGGUAUGAAGGAGCCGUGCAGUGGACGAGGAGACUGUGUUUGUGGAACCUGUAUAUGUCACAAUCCCAGCCAGUAUGAUGGCCCUUUCUGCCAGUACGACAAAUCACAGUGCCAGAGAUACGGGGGCUUCCUCUGCAACGACCGAGGCAGAUGCUUCCUAGGCAGAUGUGCGUGUGAAUCUGGGUGGACAGGAGAUGCCUGCGAGUGUCCUCUCAGCAACGUAACCUGCCUGGACAACAAAGGGACUCUGUGUAAUGGUCGUGGAGUAUGUAAAUGUGGGCGCUGUGAGUGUGAAUAUUCCGGACUGGGACUGGGUGCAACCUGUGAACCGAACUUCCAGGCUCAGCUGGGCAUGUGUGAGAGCAAGAAGAGCUGCGUCCAGUGCCAAGCGUGGAAGACAGGAGAGAUGAAAGGAGACAAGUGCAAGGACUGUCCGUUCAAGGUGGUGAUGGUGGACGAGCUGAAGGACAGAGAUAAGGUGAUAGAAACGUGUGAGUACCGUGAUGAGGAGGAUGACUGUACGUAUUAUUACACCGUGGACUUCCCACCGAACCCCACCGAUAAAGAGCAUGAGGUGCAGGUGCUGAAGAAGAAAGACUGUCCUCCUGGAGGCUUCCUCUGGCUGAUUCCUCUCAUCAUGUUCCUGAUGCUGCUCCUGGGUCUUCUGCUGCUCUGCUGCUGGAAAUACUGCGCUUGCUGCAAGGCCUGCCUGGCUCAGCUCUUAGCUCUGUGCUGUCCGUGCUGCGCCAAAGGUCGCAUGGUUGGCUUUAAGGAAGAUCAUUACAUGCUGCGUCAGUCUUUGCUGACCUCAGAUCAUCUGGACACUCCUCUGGUGCGGACCGGCCCACCUAAGAGCACGGAUGUGGUCCGCUGGAAAGUGAGGGACAACGUCCACCGUCCACCCAGCCACCCUCAGAAUCAGAUCCAGCCCAACCCCAAAGAAAUCAUCGACUUCCCGCUCUCUCUGCGGCUGAACAGGCAGUUUUCAGAUGAGCUCUCACGCCCGGAGACUCGGGACGCUCAGGGUCUCAGGCAGGAGGUGGAGGACAAUCUCAAUGACGUGUUCAAGCGGAUCCCUGGCGCCCACUUUGUGCAGAAGACCAGGUUCAGGACUCAGAGGAAUGCAGGAAAGAGGCAGAACAACACGAUAGUGGACACGGUUCUGUCGGCUCCGCGGUCCAGCUACAACGACAUCGCAAGCUUGACCGACAAACAGGUGCAGGUGGGAAACUUCAGCAACCUGAGAGUGGUGCCCGGCUACUACACCGUCGCCACGGACAGAGAGGCGACGGGGGCUGUGGAGCUGCAGGAGGGCGUGGAGUCUGUGGACGUUCGAGUUCCGCUGUUCAUCAAAGAUGAGGAUGAUCCUAAAAAGCAGCUGCUGGUGGAGGCCAUCGACGUUCCGGUCGGAAUUGCCAAAAUCGGAAAACGCUUCGUCAACAUCACUGUCAUCAAAGAAAAUGCUAAGAGCAUCUUCACCUUCCUCCAGCCCUCGUACACCUUCUCUCGCCAAGACGGCGUGGCUAACAUCCCUAUUAACCGUGAAAUUGUUGAGGACGGUCGCACACAGGUCACCUACAGCUCCCGUGACCUCACCGCCAAGGACAGGAAGGACUACGUGUCAGUGGACGGAGACCUGACCUACGCGCCUGGGGAGACACAGAAGAUGGUUCAGGUGAAGCUGCUGCAGCCCAGUGAGACGGACACCCUGCUGGAUAAACAGCCCAAACAGUUUGUGCUGGACCUGAGCAACCCCCGGCAGGGGGCCAAACUGGGCCGGUACCCCCGGACCACCAUCAACAUCACUGACAAACCUGAUCCCAGCGUGAUGAUGUUUAAGAACAGCACACAGACCUUCAGCGUGUCCGAUCCGGUCUACAACAUUCCUGUGAUCCGAACCCCGGGCCAGGAGAGCCCGUCCACCGUGAACUGGCGCAUCCGCAACUCCUCUCGUCUUAACCAGAACGGCCAGCUCAAAUUUGCCCCUGGAGAGACGGAGAAGAACAUCGCCAUCAACCCGCAUUCACUCCAAAGUCCAGUAAAGCCUGAGACCUUCGAGCUGGAGCUGUUUGACCCCAGCCCCAACAGCUCCGUCAAGGACAGGAAGACCACACAGGUCCACAUUGUCGACAGAGGAGAUACAAUGCAGUUUGUAGGAGCCCCAUUAAUGUCAUCACCCAGCGGCCGCCUUCAACCCCCCACCAACAUUGAGGCUUCGCCCGUGGGCCCCAAAAACAUCCGCCUCAACUGGAAACCCCAGACGGGCGCCAGAGGCUACAAGGUAAAGUACUGGAUCUAUGGAGACCCAGAAGCUGAUGCUCAGGUGGUAGAUGUGAAGAACCCUCAGGCAGAGCUGACCAACCUCUACCCAUACUGCGACUACGAGAUGCGCGUAUGUGCCUACAACGCGCAGGGAGACGGGGGCUACAGCGACAUAGUGCAAUGCCAGACUCUGGAGGAUGUGCCCAGUGAACCAGGACGCCUGGCCUUCAACGUCAUCGGCCCGACUGUCACUCAGCUGAGCUGGGCAGAGCCAGCGGAACCCAAUGGGGUGAUUACGGAGUAUGAGGUCGUCUACACGCCCAUCAACGAGGACAGCAAACCCAUUGGACCCUCUAAAAAGGUGAAGAUCGACAACCCAAAGAAGCGCAUGCUGCUGAUUGAGAACCUGCAGCCGUCGCAGACGUACUGCUACAAAGUGCGCGCCAGCAACAAGGUGGGCUGGGGACCCUACAGAGAUGCCACCAUCAAUCUGGCAACCCAGCCACACAGGCCCAUGUCCAUUCCCAUCAUCCCUGAUAUUCCGAUCGUGGAUGCAGAAGCAGGCGAGGAGUACGACAGCUAUCUGAUGUACAGUAACGAAGUCCUGCGCUCACCCACUGCCAGCGGCAGGCCCAGCGUGUCUGACUUAACCGAAGAACAGCUGAUCAAUGGAAAAUGGGAUCAGAAGUUCUUGUUCCCAGGAGGAAGUGGGUCUCUGACACGGAACAUCAGCACCUCUUCUACCAGUUACAGCCUCUCACCCCGUCCAGGAGUUGGCAACCAAACAAUGGAGACCACAACAACUUACAUAUCUGGAAAAGGUGGAUCUCUGCCGCGAAGGCAUGAAAUCCAGACGAGUGGCGGACUCCACACUGAGGACGUGAUCUUGAGGAAACGCUCCGAGAACAAGACCUACUUUGACAACGACGGCAUCAGGGACUCCAUCGUGAUGGGCGAUUUGACUGGAGGAUUUUCUGACUUCCUAAGCAGCUCUAGCUUCAGCCAGAGUACAACUACCAGCUACAGCCUGAGCUCCAACGUUCGCAAUCAUGCAGAAGACAUCAACGAUGCUCUGCAGAACCUGGACAGGGUUCUCCAGGAUUCUCGGCUGACCCGCGGCGUCCCCGAAACCCCGAGCAGGCUGGUGUUCUCGGCCCUGGGCCCCACAGCACUGAAGGUCAGCUGGCAGGAGCCCCACUGUGAGAACCCUGUGCUGGGAUACUGUGUCCUCUACCAGCUCCUCAACGGAGGUGAGACGAAGCGUGUGGAUAUCACGAACCCCGCGCAGAACUCUGUGGUGGUGCAGGACCUGCUGCCCAACCAGUCUUACCUGUUCAAGGUGAAAGCUCAGAGUCAGGAGGGCUGGGGGCCCGAGAGAGAGGGGGUCAUCACCAUCGAGUCCACCGUGGACCCCAAGAGCCCCCUCAGCCCCGUACCAGGCUCCUCGUUCACUCUGAGCACGCCCAGCGCUCCAGGUCCGCUCGUCUUCACGGCUCUGAGCCCGGAGACUCUGCAGCUCAGCUGGGAUAAACCACGCAAACCCAAUGGAGAGAUCCUGGGUUAUGUGGUCACCUGUGAACAGCUGCAUGGCGGAGGAGAUAUACGCUCCUUCCAGGUCAGCGGUAACGCAGCCACCUCACUGACCGUGUCUGACCUCAGUGAGAAUGUGCCGUACAAGUUUAAAGUUCAAGCGCAGACCACGCAGGGCUUUGGGCCGGAGAGGGAGGGCAUCAUCACCAUCGAGUCUCAGGAUGGAGGAUCUAUGGGUCAGUACAGCAGCUCGUCUUUGAUGAGGAGAGAAGUGUUUAACCUUCCGACACAGACCAGCACACAUACCAGCCACACCAUGUUCUCAGAACCCUUCGUCACGUCAGACGGCAUGAUGAUGUCGAGCAGGCAGAUCACGCAGCAUGUGGAGACGAGCGGCAGCAUGACCCGGCAGGUGGAGAUGGUCCAGCGAGGAGUGACAUCCACCGUCACUAAGCGGGUGGAGAAGCAGUACUACGAAGCCUGAUUUCACAGAUUAACAGACAUUGUCCCGUAAACAGGCCCACAGUCUGACCCCAGACCCAGACCUGCCGCCACAACGGCUUUAACGCCACAGUCUGGGGCAAAAUCCAACCCCCCCCCCACACCUUUUACCCCAAAGGUAGAUAACAGUGUACCAUACACUCUUAAAUCAGAUGGUUCUUCAAGGGUCCUUUAGUAAAGGGAAUGAUUCUGUUAAGUUCUAUGCAGGCCUAAAAAGAUUUGCUGUACAUUUGGUGCUAUAAAGAACCAUUACAUCAUGCAAAGAACCAUUUAAGGAUGUCAUGGAUCUCUGAGUGUUCAUGGGUCUAUGUAGAAUCAUUCCCUUUCAUGUUUAAAUGGUUCUUCUGAUGGGGAAUGUGUGAGAACCUUUUUGAAAGUGGUUCUAUGUAGCACCAAAACAUCAUUAUGACAGCAGAACCCUCUUUACUGCCACUGAGGACCAUUUACAAGACAUUCUUCAUCAGGCUGAAGAACCAUUUCACCAUGCAAAUGGUUUUAGACAGAACCAUUCACUUUACUGAAGAACCCAUUUUAAGAGUGUACAGUGUUAAAAAACCAGACUAUUAGAGAUGAAAUUGGCAGAUGUAGCCUUUAUGACGGACGACACCUGGUGAAAUAAGCAUAAACGGCGACGCUUAUAAAGGCUUAUGUCAGUUGGCAUGACGAAAUUAUGAGCUCAGCAUUGCCAUAAAGCAUUAGACAAACAGGCCACACGGUUUGAGGACAGUUGGUGGGGUAUAAGCUACCAUCGCUAGUUAGCUACAUUAGCCGCGUAACUCUUUCACCAAACUACGAAUUUCAUUUUGAUGUGAAGCAGCGCAGCAGCUGAAACUACUGCUGAAUAUACUAAUGAUAAUAUACUAAUCACACGUGGUGUCGCCGUCACAUCAAAACCUCGUAUCUACACUUUUGUUUUUAAUAUUUUAAUGUAAUUUAAAAAUUUCCUUGACAUUUACACUGUGUGAGACUUUCAUGAUGAACAGACCAGUGCAAGUGGUCCACAAUUACAUGGGAAAAAAUAUAUAUGUUUACACCGACUUCCAUUAAAAGUGGAAUGUUUUCUCCUGUAAAGUUUCCGUUUUGGAGACGUAAGUUUUGCUCUAACAGCAACGAUAUAUUUAUGGAAAGAAAGGAGCAGCGUUUCAAACCGCCGUGUUCAACUGUAGAGUCAUCUUUCUCAGAAUGUCACUGUAAAAACAACUGUUUUGUUGAAUGUUAUCAAACUAAUUCCUGCCAUAUAUGCAGAUAGAAUCUUCUAAUCCUGAGAACUCACUUUCUGUUUGGAAUUAUAAGGUUCUAGAUCGAACCUGAUGGAACUAAGUUUGACUUUGGGGUUGGAACUAUUUUUGUUCUCUAGAUAAAGAGUCCAAAAAUACACACACACACACACACACACACACACACACACACACACACACAUAUAGUGGUUAUCAGAAGAUAACAGGAGAAGCAAAAAAACUACUUUACUUUUAAUGUAAGUCAAUGGAACCAGAGUUCCUUCCAAGAAAUUUUAGCCCGUUCCUUUCAGUCCUUUCAUCAUGAAAUUUACACACAAUGUGAAGAACAACAGGCCUUUUCUAAUUAUCUCAAUAUAUAUUUAGUCGGAUCAAAACUUCGUAUCUCCAAAAUGGGAACUUUACAGGAGAAGGAAAAAACCUACUCUACUUUUAAUGUAAGUCAAUGGAACCAGAAUUUUUUCCAAAUAAUUUUAGGUAAUUUCUGUUGGUCCUUUCCUUGUGAAAUGUACACAGAGGACUUAGAACCAUAGGUACUUUCAAAUUAUGUCAAAAACUGAAAAACGGAGAUACGAGGUUUUUGUCCGACAGCAGCGAUUUACUCUCUCUUUUUCAAAUUGUGCCAAAACCAUGUGCGCUUCACUGUGUGCGUGUCUGUACAGACCAGUUUUAGUUUAGGGUAAUAUUCCACCUUCCACUUCAACUCUGAAUAUAUAUUUUUAUAUGUUUGAUUUUUUUCGUGAUUUCUGAUACAACACUUCAUUUGAAGGCUACAUAGCUCAUAACACACGCAUAUUACCAUGUUCACAAAGCAACAGCAGUGCGUUUUCACAAGAUGACAGAAUAUUUGAUGAAAUUAAGUACAUUGGAUAUUUUCUAAAAGCUUUUUUUGUUCCAUUUAUUAUUAUUAUGGAGUUUAUAAGGCAGAAGAUUCCACUUUGUCAUGUUUCAUAGAGCUGACAUAAGGUGUUCAUUACUUUGGAAUGAUGGUUAAUAACAGUGUUACAAAUGGAGCAAACGCAAGUUCAGUUUUAGGGCCGGUUUGUUGACACAGGAUCAUAAAAUGCUUCACAUCGUCUGAUACAUCAUCACAAAUACUGACAUAGGGUGCUUAUAAGCGGUGAAGUAUUGCUUUGCUUUUGGAACAUGUUAUUCAAUUAUCAUGCAUGUGGAAUGAGUUCCCUUCAAAUAAAGUGCGAACUUUAUUUUUCUUUUUACAUCAAAGCUCACACGUAAUGCCAUGUCAGUCUCUUUUCUAACACAAAUCAGUUUAUUUUCUAAAUGUGUGACUGACGUUUGGCUCCGCUUGAGCGUCUGUUGCUCGGUUUGACAGUAUAUCAACGUUUGCUGGGAUAAAUUUGCUUCUGCCACUUCGGAGAAGUUUUACUAUCUGUAUUUUUCAUGAAUAUCUUGCUUAAGUAUUACAUUGUUAGUAUUUUUAUAUUUUUACUUUACUUAAAAUAUCGUCCAUCAUAUCCACUGACAGUUCAGUAUCAGCAAAAGAAUUUCUAUUAAACAUGUCAACUUUUACGUUUACAGUAUAAUAAAACAAAUAAAGCA